AUAUUUAUAUAUUUAUAUAUAUAUGAAUGCAUGUGUUUAUCGAAUUAUUCAUUAAUUCGGUUAUUUAUUAAUUAGAGCAUUAGUUUAGUUACGGAACAGCUUAUCCCGGCCUUUCUCGGGUUUAGUUGCUGUAGCUUGACCGCGACGAUUGACACCAGAGUUUGUUAUGGUCGUAUUGUCGUCAUAUAAUCGUGUUAUUGCUGUUAACGUACUUUAUUUAUAUCUAUUAAGAUGCAACAGCAUUAUUUAUUUUCCGGAAUAUCGUUAGCGUUGUUCCUGCUAAUAAGACGGAAGACGUUUGAAAUUAGCACCUGUGUCAAUCGUCAAACGGUUGACAGUGGGCACUAAAGUACAAUAAAUGGUAGGAGCAAAAACGCGAUGGCUGUUACUGAUUUGCAAAAUGAAACCAACAGCCAUUUUACAUGUUUUAUCUUAAACAAGCCUUGCACCUGAAAGCUACCAAAGCAAAUGUGUAUUUCGUACCUCCUGAUUUGUGAUAGAAUAAAAGGUACAGUUCCAUUAAAACAGUCGACCGAUUGAUUGAUCCAAAGUUUGAAACGUUUGUGUGGCUUGUGCUGUGUUUGUGAAAUUAGUGUUGUGAAAAUUAAGUGUGAAAAUGAUGAAAAGAAAGCGUGAAACAGGCUCCUCUUAUAAAAUUGCUCAAGCCGAUAACAAAAAGCUUGAGGCCGAGUUAUUUGGCGAAAGUAGUUCUUUUGGGAUGAGCAGCAACCCAUCAGCAAUUAAUGAAGAGGACAUUUGUGUGCAUGAUCUUCUCGUAUGUGGUCCUCAAGAUGUUGAUCAAGAAGAACACAACUAUGAUUGGAUAAAUAUCGAAGAGAUUGACAACAAUGAAGACUGCGAAAUUAUCAACGAUGACGUAUCCGAGAUAACGUUGGAAAAUGCACCGGAUUCCCCAAAGGAAGAUGAGCCAAUUGAGGAAGUUAUUAGAAACUGGGCUCUAAAAACAUAUCAGACGCACCAAGCACUCAACAGUUUAUUGGCUAUUUUGCAUGCACGAACCGAAUUUAACCUACCAAAAGAUGCGCGUACGCUACUUAGAACAAAGCAGUGUGGAAAGGAAAUAGUACCGAUAGCUGGAGGAGAGUUUUGGUAUCCGGGAGUACGAUCGGUUCUCCACAACUAUUUCCGUGAUGUACAACCAACAGUAAAUGAGUUUUCUUUAAAUUUCUUUAUUGAUGGACUACCGUUGCACAAGAGCACCCGAAAACAAUUUUGGCCAAUACUGAUGAGCAUUCACGAAAUGCCAGAAGUUCCUGUGUUGAUGGUUGGCAAUUUUUAUGGGCAAUCUAAACCGAAGAGUUUAGAUGAAUACCUUCGUCCACUCGUGGAGGAGCUCAAUGAGUUGAUAGAUAAUGGUAUAAAAAUAGCCAAAAAGACCAUCAAAAUAAUUAUUAGAGCAUUUAUCGCAGACGCACCUGCACGAGCGUUCAUAAAAGGUGUUGCCUAUUUCAAUCAUAAACUGGGAUGCCAGAGAUGUACAGUCGAAGGACAAUUUAAUAAAAAAGCUCGAGUGAUGUAUUUUUCGAAGAUAGACGCACCAAGAAGAACGGAUGAAGAGUUUCGUGGAGAAAAGUAUGGUGACCACCACCGAGAAAGAACACCUCUACUGCAUCUAAAGACAAUCGAUAUCAUUCGAAAUAUUAUUAUCGCGGAUGUAUUGCAUUUGAUAGACUUUGGAAUAUCACGAACAUUAAUCGUCGGAUGGAAAUCAGGAAAGCUAAUAGGGCGCAGUUGGUCAUCGGAAACGCUGAAUUACAUAAAUUCGCUACUUCAAAAGGUGGAAAUUCCGCCUGAAUAUCAUCGCAAAUUCCGUCGAAUUGAAGACACUGGUUUAUGGAAAGCCAUUGAAUAUCACAUGUUUUUACAUUACGCCAGUUUUAUAGUGUUGAAAAAUGUAUUAACUGAAAUGGAAUACAAACAUUAUAUGUUGUAUUUUUGUGCAAUAAGAGCAUUUUCUUCGGAAAUUUACAAACAUUUUUGGCCAGAAGCGGACCGGCUUCUCAAACAGUUUGUUGUAGAGUAUGGUGUCAUUUACGGUGAACACCGUUUGACUAGCAAUGUACAUAGUUUGGUACAUGUUUUCGAAGAUGUGGACAAAUUUGGAGUUCUUAAAAAUAUGUCAUCUUAUCGUUUUGAAGGUACAUUAUUUCAUGUUAAAAAUUCACUUCGAAACGGUCAUCAGGUUUUGGUUCAGGCUGCAAAUAGAAUAUCGGAACAAUCUUCGAAAUCUCGAACGGCAAGAAAUAACUCAUACCCUUAUUUGGAACACGUAAAAAAAGGAGUAGUACUGCAUGUAAAUUAUAAUACCACAUUUUAUCCAACUUCUCAGGCAAAUUGGUUUCUAACAAAAGAUAAUUACAUUGUUCAAUAUUGUAGGGCAACAAAAGUAGGAUCUGUUAUUAACAUUUACGGGAAGGCAUUUGAUAAAAUAAUUAGUCCAGAUAAAUACUGUUCUUCGCCAUUGAUGGAAGACAUUUAUGAAGCUGAAGUGAACGAUCUUUCUACACAAGAGAUGGUAUUUUUGAUAGAAGAUAUAAAGUGUAAAUUAGUUGCAAUUAAAACUGAUGAUAGUAAUUAUGUAUUUGUACCUCUUAUAGACACAUUAAUGAAGUGAAAAUAAAUAAUAAAAUUUGACUUGACCUAAAAGGAUGUUUUCCUUUACCUUUUAUAAGGUUGGCCGUUAUAUUGUUUAUAAGAAUUUAAAUGUAAUGUUUAAAUGUAAAUGUAUGUUAAUGUAAUGUAUGUUUUUUUUGUAUAUUUGGUUUGAGUUCUUGGUUAAUUAUGAAUUGGUAAAGUGUUUUACAAUCUUUCAUUUCAUUUUCAAGAUAUUACGUUGGUGUUUCACCAUUUCAGGAUUUAGAAAUUGUUUUUCUAUCAGACGCAAGGACUGCUUCGAAGUUUAUUAAAGAAUAGAUAAAAGCUGUAACAUAGUAUCAAUAGUACAUUACAAUAAAUAAAAAUGGAAAAGCAAUAUUUUUAUCAAUAAAUAAUAUGUAAUAUAUAAACGGCGAUGCGGUAACGGCAACUAUGAAUAGGUAGAGCAAUUUAAUUAAAUAAAUAUAUUUUUAUUUCUUCCUUC